UGCCAGGUGUCCGGCGAUACCGAGACUGACUGAGAGGACGGGCAAUCUUUGUGAUGGGCUCCUCGUUUGUUUGUCUGUCCCGCGCGACAUCAAUCCGGAUUGGACUGUCUGUCAAGCAUUGCGGCAGUGACCGAGUUCGGUAAUGAUUGCGCCUGGAAAUCUCAGUACGCGCUCGAGAGUGGGUUUAACGACAGACGCAAAUGGAGAUGCGAGGAUUGGACGAACAGGAUGGAUGAUACCGUAUAACGUGACCGGCAGUUCAUGGUCUGGUGCCAGAGCGCAUCGCUUGAUCGGCUGGGGUCGGCUCCCGACGACAGACGAGCAAGAACCGCAUAUCAAAAGCAGUCAGCGCGUCGUCAGCUUCGCGCUAGAGGCCCAAAGACCCAUCAGACUGGAUGUCGAGCGCCCGAAUGACCGUUUACAGCGCUGCACAAUGACAUAUCGUGGACCCUGCUGUCUUAUACAGAGUCGAGCUGAAGAAUCGAGAGACAAGCUGGCAAGACAUGGGACGCUCCACUGGGGCAAGAUUGUGGAUUGGUACCUUCGAGAUAAAAAAAGAAAAGCAAAGCGUAACGCAUGUACUGUGUCCCGAGGUGAGAGGGAGACGAGGACAGCGGAGAAUAAAGCUACCUAUGGGAAGGGAGGAGGUUGUCCUUCCCUCCAUCGGCGUCGGCGAUGGCCGAGUGCUGCGCCUCACUAAGCCACCAUUGUGUGGCGAGGUUUCUGCAGGCGCCGGUGACAUCAUCCUUGGCCGGAGAAUUUGGGCUGACAGCAAACAGCAAGCAGCAAGCAGCAAGCAGCAAGCAGCAAGCAAAGGAUCACGAAUGACUGGCGUGGAUGAACAGAACGAACUCGGUCGGACUGCAGGCAGCUAGUUAUUGCUGUCACAAUGAGCGGGUAAAAACCUUCCAUUCACCAGAACCACAGGCAACCUUGGAAACUCUCAACCCUAAACCCGUAUGUAGAAAGCAAAAGAGAGAGAAAAUAAGUAGAUGCGGGCAACUGCAAAAAUCUUGACUUCCAGGUGACUACA